AUGAAGUUUAUUCAUCGUUUAAAAGCACUUGUUGAAUUAUUUUUAUUCGAUGAAGGUCGACAAGCAUUUAAUCAAAGUUGUUUAAAACGAAAAUUUAAUCAUUAUUAUGUACAAGAAUAUUCUCAAAUUGAACUCAUAGAACUUCUUAGUUGUUGGGAUGGUCAAAUGGAAGGUGUUUCUAAAUUACGAGCAAAUGAUUUUGUUACAUUAGAAUUUGAACGAGAUGAUGAUAAACCAAUACAAUUACAAAUUUGGGAUAAAACUCAAUCAUCAAUACCAUCUCCAGGUAAACGGCGAGAAUUUAUUGGUUAUAAUGAAUUAAAAUAG